AUGCAUCCGGUUACAGAAGCUCCUGGAAAAGGAAAAGGAAAAGAUGAUGAUAUCCAUACUAACAAUAAUUUUCAAGUAUUUAUCAAAGUUAACAAGAGGGAAAAAAAGAAUGGAUUAAAAAUAAAGAAUUUAAUAGUGAAUUCCACAAAAGUCCUAGAUGAUUCUAUUAGCCAAAGACAGGAAGCAAACAUGGAAAUCGGGCAACCUAGUGGCAUCAAAGAACCUCUCAUUCACAAUUGCAUGAAAAAUAGGGAAGACGUUUCAGUGCUUAACAAUUGCAACAAAAAGAAUAUUGCUGCUCAACCUAGUGACACUUUUUAUUUCGAUGAAUUGGAGAAUAGAAAUUGCAGCGAGGAAGUUAUUGAAGCUUUGGUUCGAGAUAAGCUGGAGGAAAUGAAAAUUGAGGCUAGGAUAGAUGAGGAAGCAUUGAUGUUGCCCCACUGUGCAAGGUUUAUUUUGGCUGAGAGGCCUGCAUGUUUUGGCCUGAAGGAGUUUGCACUAAUCACGGAUUUAAACUGUGUGUGUUAUCCCUAUGAUUCAAAAUAUGUCAAAGUGAUGGAGAUUUGGAUAUACGAAGCUUUUUCCACACUCAAUAGGGGAAUUGGUAAAUCAACUAAAGACCCACUACCCAUUCCCCAAUUGCUCAGAUGGCACGCCGUAAAAGAUGAUAAACUAAUCGAAGGUGAUUCAUAUUUGAACGGAUGGAGCACAAAGAGAGUACACCCAUACCUUAUCCCCACAGCCCAUGAAAUGAAGCAGCACUACAUGAAAAAUUUUAAAGCAUUCACGGAUGAACCGAAGAACACAUUCAUCGAUGGCUUGAAGGCCUAUAUGGAGAAGGUGAGGCUGAGGAGAGCAGAAAAGGAGAAACAAAAGAAGAGAGAUAAAGAUGAAGGUGUGCAGGUACAAAGUCAGCAUUCAGCGGCGAGGGUUGUCAGCGAUGACAGCGUCAUUAAAGAAGAACUCCUUGAGGCAACAGCUUUGAAACAGGUCUCGAUCAAAGAUGAUGAGGUGAUGAUCCCUAAAGUUGCAGCUGUUGUAGAGAGGGAAAAUCUCGAUGAAGGUGAUGAAGAGGAAGAAGAAAAAAAUGAAGAAGCUGUUGGUGAAGAAGAAAACAGAGCUAAUGGAUCAGCUGGUGUGGAGAAAGAGGAUUAUGACGAAGGCAAGAAGGAUGAAAAAGAUAAAAAUGAGAAAAGUAUUUGUGUAGAAGAAAACAAUGAAGGAGAUGGAGAGAAAGCAAAAGAGAAAAAUGCAGGAGAAGUAGAGAAAGAAGAGGGAGAAAAACAUAAAGAAGAAGGAAAAAAUGAUGCACCAGAAAAAGAAGGUAUCACGGAGAAAGAAAAUGAGAAUGAAUUUUCAAAAUUAGAUGAAUCUCUUAAUGAUGUUACUCAAGACAUCUACAAGAUGCAAGUGGAAAACAAAAAUGUUGAAUGUUUAGACAAUUUUUAA